CGUGGGGAUCCCGGGGCGGCCGAGGGCCCCUGACUCGGCUCCGUGCGGCGACAUGGACCGGAUGGCCAGCUCCAUAAAGCAGGUGCCCAACCCACUGCCCAAGGUGCUGAGCCGGCGCGCGGUCGGCGCGGGCGUGGAGGCGGCUGAGCGGGAGAGCUUCGAGAGGACUCAGAGUGUCAGCAUCAAUAAGGCCAUUAAUACGCAGGAAGUGGCCGUGAAGGAAAAGCACGCCCGGACAUGCAUCCUGGGCACCCACCACGAGAAGGGGGCGCAGACCUUCUGGUCCGUGGUCAGCCGGCUGCCCCUGUCCAGCAAUGCCGUGCUCUGCUGGAAGUUCUGCCACGUGUUCCACAAGCUGCUUCGCGACGGACACCCCAACGUCCUGAAGGACUCGCUGCGCUACAAGAACGAGCUGAGCGACAUGAGCAGGAUGUGGGGCCACCUGAGCGAGGGCUACGGCCAGCUGUGCAGCAUCUACCUCAAACUGCUGAGAACGAAGAUCGAGUACCACACCAAGAACCCCAGGUUCCCAGGCAACCUUCAGCUGAGUGACCGGCAGCUGGACGAGGCCGGCGAGAGUGAUGUCAACAACUUUUUCCAGCUGACGGUGGAGAUGUUCGACUACUUGGAGUGUGAACUCAACCUCUUCCAGACGGUGUUCAACUCCCUGGACAUGUCCCGCUCCGUGUCGGUGACCACGGCCGGCCAGUGCCGCCUCGCCCCGCUCAUCCAGGUCAUCCUGGACUGCAGCCACCUCUACGAUUACACGGUCAAGCUGCUCUUCAAACUACACUCCUGCCUCCCCGCCGAUACCCUCCAGGGCCACCGCGGCCGCUUCCUGGAGCAGUUCACCAAGCUGAAAGAUCUCUUCUACCGCUCGAGCAACCUCCAGUACUUCAAGCGGCUCCUCCAGAUCCCGCAGCUGCCCGAGAACCCCCCCAACUUCCUGCGAGCCUCCGCGCUGUCUGAGCACGUCAGCCCCGUGGUGGUCAUCCCGGCCGAGGCCUCGUCCCCGGACAGCGAGCCCGUGCUGGAGAAGGAUGACCUCAUGGACAUGGACGCUUCCCGGCAGAACGUGUUUGACAACAAGUUCGACGACGUCUUCGGGAGCCCCUUCAGCAGCGACCCCUUCAAUUUCAACAGUCAGAACGGGGUGAACAAGGACGAGAAGGAUCACCUGAUCGGGCAACUAUACCGGGAGAUCAGUGGCCUGAAGGCGCAGCUGGAGAGCGUGAAGGCGGAGGGUCAGCGCACGGUGCUGCAGCUGAAGGGCCGGGUCAGCGAGCUGGAGGCCGAGCUGGCCGAGCAGCGCCACCUGCGUCAGCAGGCGGCUGACGACUGCGAGUUCCUCCGGGCCGAGCUGGACGAGCUCAAGAAGCAGCGAGAGGACACCGAGAAGGCCCAGCGCAGCCUGACGGAGAUCGAACGAAAAGCCCAGGCCAACGAGCAGCGGUACAGCAAGCUCAAGGAGAAGUACAGCGAGCUGGUGCAGAACCACGCCGACCUGCUGCGCAAGAAUGCCGAGGUGACCAAGCAGGUGUCGGUGGCCAGGCAGUUGCAGGCAGACGUGGAACGAGAGAAGCAAGAACUGCAGGAGGGCUUACAGCGCCUCAGUGAGCAGGCCCAGAGGAAGACCCAAGAGCAGACUGAGGUUCUGGAGAGCUUGAAGCAGGAGCUGGGCAGCAGCAGGCAGGAGCUCCAGGCCCUGCAGAGCAACCUGCAAGAGUCCGCGCAGUCUGAAUCCAAGUGGACAGCCCAGAUCGCUGACCUCAAGAUGGAGCGGGACAGCUUGCUGGUCACCGUGUCCCAGAAGGAUGAGGAGCUGCAUGUCCUGCAGGAGGAGCUGAAGCAGACCCAGCUCCAGCUGGCCAAUGCACAGGACUCUCUGAGCCAGCUGGCAAGGGACCAACGGAAGAAACUCCUGGCGGAGUCGAAGAAGGCGGCCGAGCAGGUGAUCCAGGAUGCCCUACGGCAGCUGGAGGAGCCCGAAGUCGCUGGCAGCUGUGGAACCGCAGAUCAGCUUCUGGCCAAGACCAAGUCCGUCUCCAACUGCAUUGAGCAGCUGGAGAAAAGCCGGAGCCAGUUCCUCUCCUGCCCCGAGGAUAUCAGCGCGUUCCUCCAGUCCGUGACCCUCCUGGCACACCUGACCAGCGACACGGUUGUCCACGGCAGCUGCACGUCCCUGCACGCCCCCCAGGAGCCUGCUGACUCCCUGACGGAGGCCUGCAGGCAGUACGCCAUGGAGACGCUCAUCUACCUGGCGUACCUGGACGGAGAAGGGACCCUGGCGAACGCCGACAGCGCAGCCAUGCAGACGUGCCUCAGCCGCAUCUCGGCCAUCAGCGAGGAGCUGCUGUCCAGAGGCCAGGACAUCGUGCAGGAGGAGCUGGGGGACCUGGUGGACAAGGAGAUGGCCGCCACGGCUGCCGCCAUCGAAACUGCCACGGCCAGGAUAGAGGAGAUGCUCAGCAAGGCCCGAGAAGGGGACACCGGGGCUAAGCUGGAGGUGAACGAAAGGAUCCUCGGUUCCUGCACCAACCUCAUGCAGGCCAUCAGGGUCCUGAUCGUGGCCUCCAAGGACCUCCAGAGAGAGAUCGUGGAGAGCGGCCGGGGCACCGCGUCCUCCAAGGAGUUUUACGCCAAGAAUUCUCGCUGGACAGAGGGUCUCAUCUCGGCCUCGAAAGCUGUGGGCUGGGGAGCCACAGUCAUGGUGGAUGCAGCUGACCUGGUGGUACAAGGCAAAGGGAAGUUCGAGGAACUGAUGGUGUGUUCCCGGGAAAUCGCAGCCAGCACUGCUCAGCUGGUGGCAGCGUCCAAGGUGAAAGCCAACAAGGACAGCCCCAACCUGGCCCAGCUGCAGCAGGCCUCUCGGGGGGUGAACCAGGCCACCGCCCAGGUCGUGGCCUCCACCAUCUCCGGCAAGUCGCAGAUCGAGCAGUCAGCCGAGGACAUGGACUUUUCCAGCAUGACACUGACCCAGAUCAAACGCCAGGAGAUGGACUCGCAGGUGAGGGUGCUGGAGCUGGAGACGGAGCUGCAGAAGGAGCGGCAGAAGCUGGGGGAUCUCCGGAAGAAGCACUACGAGCUGGCCGGGGUCGCCGAGGGCUGGGAUGAAGAAAACGAAGCCUCUGCUCCUUCACCACAAGCAGCGGUCCCAGAGCACGAGUAGAGCCGCACGGACACCCACACGUCAGCCUUCUCUUCCGUUUUCAUCAUUUGCACAAACUUGGGGACAUCGGGGGCUGGCGGAUUUCCAUCCAGGAUGCUGCCUUGAGUCUGCUGAGUGACCGGAACAGCUGGUGUGGCCCUGCCGCCCGCGCCCUGGCCCAGCCCCCCCACCCCACCCUUGGCCGCUCCAUGCAUUCCCACUGUUCCUGACGGUGGCUCGCUGGGUUUCCUUAGUUUUCUUUUCCCAGUUUCACUCACAAACCAACUGUCCCAAAGGGAACGUUUCCCCCCCUCUCUCCCUGGGGCUCUGCACCAUCUGGGCCCCCCCCCCAGCCGUUCCCGAUGGUGCUGCCUCCUCUCCCCGGUGCUCUGCGCCCCCCACAGCCUUCCAGCUUGGCGGAGGCCACUCCCCAGGGUGGGCAGAGCUGCCAGCGCCCACGUUGUCCAAAGGCAGAAGCAACCAAGCGCCUUCCCUUCCUGUGGCCAGAGCACCUCGGCCCCCGUACCAGCCUCUGUCCACCUCCUAGCUGGAGGGAUGCCGAAAGUAGGGGCAGGAUGUGGGGGGCGCUGCCUGUGUGAGAGACCCCCAUGGAGGGGCGGGGGCCGCCUCGACCCAGAAAGCUAGUCCCACUCCCCAGGCCUAAGGAGCUGGCGGGUGUCUCCACACUCUUCCUGGCCAUGCCCGCGCUGCCCCAGGCUGAGCUGGCGACCUCGCAUCCUCGCUUGCUUCAGAAGAUUGUUCUACGGCGUGUGACACGGUGUCCCGCCGGGCGGAUGGGCUCCCUGCGGCAAGCACGCCCCGAGCCAGUCGAGGGACCUUGAGUAUUUAUUGCCAGAUUGCAGGAGGGAUUUGUUCUGGCCCUCGGAUCAGAAAGGACGCACAGGGCGGGGGCCGCUGUGUUUCAGACGUGGCUCCUGGGGGCUGGCGGGGUCAGGGGAGAGUGAGUAACAGGGGCUACCUGCUCUGAUCCCUUUCGGCCGCACGUCUUGGGGGACCCCCCCCCAAGUAGGAGGUAGAGGGGUACACGAACAACCUCCGCGGGCCGGGCAGCCUGAAAGUGUCUUCCACUCCUCACGGACCCCAGCGUUUAAGUGACCUUCGGACCUUGGACAAAAGGUGUCUUCCGUCAUCCGUCAUCGUAGCAGCUCUGAGGUGCUGGGCCGCGGGCACUGCCGGGACCCCCACGGACCUUGCUCCGACUUACUCUGCGGCCGGUGGCAGGACCCCUGUUUGAUCACUGUGAAUCCCCUUCCCACACCCGACUCCCCUCUGCGCUCUCCCAGGAGGGCGCCAGGCACUUCACUGCGGGCCUCCAAGGGGGCAGCCGUGGGGCUCAAGGGUCUGACUUCAAAGCUGCUCUGUACUUUAGUGCUCCCCACCCCCGACACCAGUGAAGGGUCUCCCGGGUCAGUGGCAGUCAUUGUGUUCUGGGCGUGGGGACCCCUCGCCCAGAAUCACCGCCAUCCAGUGGUGGCCCCCGUUACAGGGAGGGGGUGGUGCAGGCUCAUGGCUCAUGUCUUACCGCCCCCCCCCCCCCCGCGAUGCUCAGUAACACUCCCCCUGAAAAGAAACCACAGUCUUUGGUCAUGCCACCGUGGACACAGUACAAGCCGUCCGACCCGUCCUAAAGGCUUAAACAAACCCAGGCAGAGUUGAGUCCCAGGAAACACUGGCCACGCGGAGCCUGUCCCGGUCCCUUCCCGGCCCCUUCUGGCUCUCGGACACCAGUCUGUUCUCUUGGGCAUGAAAUGCCUGCUUACACCCAGGAUAGUGUCUUAACGGCGAAACAUGCACCUCGUGGCCUUUGAGAUGAGCCACCGAGCAUCGUGGGGAGGAUGUGUCGUGGGUCUGUGGAAAUGGGUUGCCAUGGCCGGGGACAGCGGAGGAAGGGCUGAGGACCUGUGUGAGGGGAUUUGGGAACACGGUGUCCAAAUGCCGCUAGAGACACAUGGACGUCACGGGGACACGGAAGUGCACCUCCCUGGUGGCUUGGCUCUCUGAGCCCGAGGGUCUGAGUUGGAGGCCGACUGUGCCCUUGCUUGCUGCCUGCCAGCAGGAUCCCUGGACCCCACCUGAAUACGGGUCUCGCCCCAUUGGGCACACGGAACCUGCUUGGGAGCGGCCCACCCACCUUGCUGCAGGAGCACGGGCUCCCCGGUGCCAGAGGGAGGCGCUCACGGCACGAUCAGCUUCCCUGGUCACUCACACCCCUUAAACAAAGCUAGUAGUGAUCCUCGCGUGGACCUCCAGCCCCGCUGCCGCCCCGGGGUGCCAUCCUGGGGCAGAGGCAUUUCCAGACCCGUCCUUCAGGUGACCCUCAACUACCUCGGGUUUGCAGCCCUAAAAGCAGCGAAUUACUACUCACAGGGACAAACCGAGGGGUCCCCAGAAACCUGGGUGUGCAUUCUAAGAGGUUUGUUGUACAAGCAGCUCCUAGGGGCUGGGUUUGGGGGUACGGCUGGUGCGGCGGGCUCGGUGUCUCUUGUUUUUAACCUCCCCCCACCCCCAGAUCUCCUUCGAGUCCUAAUGAAAUUUCACUUCUCACGAGAGCCGGCCCGCCCGGGCAGGCGGCCUCCGGGGUCUGUUCCGGCCUCCCCCGCCACGCCACGACACUUCGGUUCUGAUGUUGAGACCUUUCUUUGUAUAAUACGCCACAUCCGUGUUUUCAAUUUUUUCAAAUAAAUAUUUCAACCUGGCA